AACGGCAUGAGGUUAAGUAAUAAAUUACAGAAUUUUCAUUUUUGGGUGAACUAACCCUUUAAAUUUGCAUUAAUUUGUUUGCAUUUGCAAACUAUUGAUAGCUUCAUAUUCUAGAUAAAUAUUAUUUUAAAAUCCGAAUUAUGCAGUGAAAUAAGUGUUAUUUAAAUUCUUUCAAAAUGAAAAAUGUAAAUACCGCGAAGUAUAAGCUCACAAACAAACUAGACACGUGCCUCAAGCAGAGCUUCAAAUGAAUAUUUGCUCAGAGGUUUCGAACAGGGUCGCAAGACUAGCACUAAUUGGAUUUAGCCGCAGCGUUUCACGUUAGAAAAUAACACCAUCCUGACGUGAAUUCCUGCUGUUCUAGACAAAACGCAGCUCUCGUUUGAUAAGACAGUUGCAGCAGUCUCUCUUGUGUGAAAUCAGAAGCAAAUUCCUCCUAACAUGCAUAUGUAGAGGAGCAGUCAUUUAGACUCGGAACCCACCGUUUCAAACGCUAGCAAGGCUUUACAAUAUUUCUCACCUUGGGAUGACAUUUUUAAGGGGGUCUUACUUGAGACAGCCUCACUCGCUAUACUAAACAGAAGUGAUUUUACAGCAGACAAGUGUGGAUGUGUUGGACACACACCGUUGCAUUAUUACAGAGGGAAGCUUCUUGUAUUGUUUUCGUCUUAGAAUACUGUAGAAUUCUAAUAUUUUCCGUCUUGCGUACUGAGGAUGGAGGAACUGGCCCGGGAGAGUAUACGCAGCAUCAGUCUGCUAUCCAAACCUGCGCGGGGUUCGGACGUCCCGCGACUGGGCUCCUUUGGGGCCAUUUUCAUCAUGCUUAAAUCUGCCCUCGGUGCGGGACUCCUCAACUUUCCAUGGGCUUUUGAGAAGGCUGGCGGGGUGAACACAGCCAUCAGUGUGGAGAUGGUGUCUCUGGUAUUUCUGAUAAGUGGGUUGGUCAUACUUGGCUACGCCUCUUCAAUCAGUCGGCAGAACACGUAUCAUGAUGUGGUGCGAGAGGUGUGUGGACAGAGGAUCGGCCAUCUGUGUGAAAUCUGCUUUGUUUUCAACCUCUUCAUGAUCUCUGUGGCCUUUUUGGUGGUUGUGCAGGAUCAACUGGAUAAAUUGUGUCUGUCUCUGUAUGAGACCGUGACGGGAAACACAGAAGGAGAGAUGCCAUAUCAUUGGUACACAGAUCACCGUUUUGCACUCUUUCUCAUGUGCUUCAUUAUCAUCCUUCCACUCUCUAUACCCAAAGAGAUCGGCAUCCAGAAAUACACCAGUGUAUUGGGAACUCUGGCUGCUACAUACCUGAGUAUAGCUGUAAUUGCAAAGUAUUAUCUGAAAGAUGAGCACACAGCAGACCUCACACCAGAGCACAGUCAAGGAUUGGAAUCAUUGGCCUCCAUGUUCAGUGUGGUUCCUACCAUCUGUUUUGGUUUCCAGUGCCAUGAAGCUUGUAUUGCAAUAUACAGCAGCAUGGAAAACAAAAAGAUGACACAUUGGGUUUUCAUCUCAGUCACGUCUAUGAUUUUCUGCCUGCUUAUUUAUACUCUCACAGGUGUGUUCGGUUUUCUUACAUUUGGACGGGAAGUAGCCUCAGAUAUCCUGAUGUCGUAUCCUGGAAAUGAUGUAGUGAUGAUUAUUGCUAGGCUGCUGUUUGGGAUUUCGAUCAUCACCAUCUAUCCUAUAAUACUGCUUUUGGGAAGGGCAGUGAUUCUAACACAAAUAUUGCGCUUUUGGGAACGACGGGCCAUAAUGACGUCUGUGUUUGAGAGUCGGUGCCGUCUGAUUCUGACACUUCUCUGGAUCACUGUGACUCUCCUCAUCGCCAUCUAUGUACCAGACAUGAGUGAGGUCAUCAGUGUAAUCGGGGGAAUUAGUGCCUUCUUUAUAUUUAUCUUUCCUGGACUGUGCCUCAUUUUUGCCAUGCAGACAGAACCUGUACAUCACAGGAUGAGAACCUUCUUGACAGGUUGGGGUGUGGUGACUGUCAUUACUGGAGCUUUUAUCUUUGGUCAGAGCACAACUAUAGCUGUCAUGGAGCUGAUGCACAAGUUUUAAUCUUCAUCAUCAUCAUAAUUUGUGAUAUCAUUGUCUCAGAAAAAUGUGUCUAUAUAUAGUAUUUGAUUGAUGGAUGAUAAUACUUCAAACUGAAGAUGAGUGGCAACGACAUACUUUUUAGAAGAAAAUGUCACACCACAGUACUGUUACUGCUCAAUUUGAUUUGUGUGUGUGUGUGGCUAAGACAAGCAUAUGAAGAUUUUUGUUUAUAUAUUUAUUAUAUUGUGUAGGUUUAGAAAAGAAUAAUACAUUUUUAUUUUUUUUUUCAAAUGUUUUAUAUGGAAUGACUGUAAACAGAAUUUGGAUAGUAAUGGAGAAUAUGGAUGCAAACACAGUAAUUCUUUAUAUUUGUGAUAACUUAUUAAAGUGAAUUAACAUUUUGCCUAAA